AUGGGCUUGGAGGUCUGGUUAAGCCAGCAGCUUGACUCUCCAUGGUCUAGAGCUGUCAUCUUUCCCGCUUUUUGGGCAACCAUCUGGCAGGCGUUAGCCUUCGAAAGUCCGCUAGGGAGGUUGACCACGUGGAGUCCCGUUUUGGGCAUCGAAAGUUACGCAUGGACAAAACCUGUCCUCGGGCCAUGGGGAGUCGACUGGGUGGUAGCAUCUUUCGCGGUCGUAGGUUCGGAUGUAGUCGGCACGUGGCUGAGCAGCCGCGUUCAUUUCCGUGAUGAGCAGCUCAUUGACAUUGAGGACGAGCCCUCUAGCGAACAACGCCAGAUUCCCUCUCAUCCCUCGUCGUUUUCAAAACCCGUUUUCGCACUCUCCACAUUGCUUCUCCUAUUGGCAGUACCGUCGUAUUUUGUACAUCCCCUUCCGCUCCCUCCUCUCUCCUCCUCGUCGACGCCCAUCACGGUUGGCUGCGUUCUGCCCCCGCCACCCAAACCCAAUGACCAUACUUCUAUCCUUGAUCGAUUCAUUCUCGAAUCACAACGUGUAGUACCCAGUGGUGCCAAGAUCAUGCUCUGGCCCGAAGGUGCGGUCCAUUUUGAGAGUCCUGACGAGCGAGAUAAAGCCAUCUCCAAGGUCCGGCAGAUGAUAAAGGGACCGUAUGUCGGGAUUUCGUUUGUGGAGAAUGCUCCUUCGGGCUGGCAAGGACAUAGUCAUACAGACAAAAAACGGAUCGGUUUGGUCCUCGUCGGGCCCGAUGGCCCGGUCUUCGAGUACUACAAGCGAAACUUAGUUCCUGUAGCCGAAUCGUUCAGUGCCGUUCCAUCAUAUGAUCCACCCACAGUCUAUCACCUACCCCUCCCGCCUCCCGCUCACACUAACAAGAGCGACUGGUCUCACGGCCCGCCCUAUGUACGCCCAGUUCCUUUGACGGCAUCUAUCUGCCUUGACUUCGCGUCCCCGUCUGCGUUUGCUGAGUUGUCGUCGCGACCUGCCCUAAUUCUUGCGCCCGCCCGCACCUGGCACCCGGACGUCGGGCUGGCGGUAUGGGGGCAGGCGAAAGCGCGAGCAGAGGAAGCCGGUAGCAUGGUCCUUUUUUGUGACGGUGGGCACAACGGCGUGAGUGGUAUUGCAGGCCGAGGUAUCAACGAGAUCAUGCAGAUCGGGAGCGGCUCCUGGACAAGGACGGUUGGUGUUCAAUGGCCGUCCGAUGAGCGCCGCACAGCGUAUAUAUAUGCUGGUAAUUAUACCGUGUUCGUGAUCAUUUGGGGUUUGACAGGAUCCGUGUUGGCAGGAGAGUUUUUGAGGAGAGAAUAUGGGCAAAAAACAUUCGUGGAACUUUGGCACACAUCAACGGAGAGUGUCUGGGAGUUGGCAACGACACUCAAUAUCACCAUUCGGGGUUGGAGGCACAGGCGAGGCGAGGAGCAGCCCUUGUUACAGUAA